AUGAUCUAGAAAUUGAUGAAUUGUUAAUCUUUACUCCCCUGAAACCAGGGGGUGAUGCGAAUAAGACCCGACGUAUUUUGGGAUCACGGACCUCGUUCUCUUUAGAAUUUAACCUGGAGGAACUUGAGCAUCCAAUGAUGCACAGAUUUUGUGUGUAGUUGAUGUUUGUGCUAUGAGCAUGCAGAAAUAUAUGCCUCAGGGGGAAGGAGAGACACCUAUUGUUGAAGCAUCGCCAGAUAUGUGUGCGGCAGCGACUCAUUAUAAGACUUGUGUAGAAAAUGGAAGGUCUCAAUGUCCAGACUCCCAAAGUGUUACAAUUGCAGAGAUGAUGAUAAAACAAUUUGAAUCGUUGUGUGGAGAUCAAUAUGAUAAAGUUACCAGUACAACAAGCAGUUAUACCAAAGAAACUGAAGAAAACUUGAAAAGGGGAAGCAACAAAAGAAGGACUCUGGCAGAAUUAAAGAAAGAAAAUCUGAUUUUAGAUAACGAACGUCUACGGGAAGAAACAAAAAGGCUUAAACUUGAACAAGAAAAUUUAAAACUAGAGAAAGAAGGGAUUAUUUUGAAAAACCGAUGUCUCAUAUGUAAAGUGCAGACUGAGUAUCCUGAUUGUGUCGCACCAUAGAUACAACAUCUUAAUAUUUUGGUGUUAAAAUCUAUAUAGUAUAACAAUAUUGCUAUUUUUCACAAACACAUGUUGGUUAACAUAUUGUUUAACAUUUGAACUAGUUUGUCUCCUUAACAUAAAUCAUUAGUAUUAUUCAAAUGACACAUUUUACAAGUUUUGUACCUUGCCCCUUUUGUAGCUCACCUGGCCCAGAGAACCUAGAACAUAGGGGUAAAAUGUAGAUUUUGGCUUAUAUAUCUGAAACCAGAGCAUUUAGAGCAAAUCUGACAGGGGUUAAACUGUUCACCAUGUCAAGAUCUAUCUGCCCUGAAAUUUAAACAUAGAUCGGAGAACCUGUUGUUGGAUUGCUGCCUCUAAAUUGGUAAUUUUAAUGAAAUUUUGCCGUUUUUGGUUAUUAUCUUGAAUAUUAUUAUAGAUAGAGAUAAACUGUAAACAGCAAUAAUGUUCAGCAAAGUAAGAUCUUAUAAUAAGUCAACAUGACCACAAUGGUCAGUUGACCCCAAAGUAAGAUCUAUCAUUUUGGUCUUGUUGAUCCCUUAAGGAGUUAAUACCCUUUAUAGUAAUUUUGUACCAAAUUUAUUUAUUUUUUGUAAUCUUUUACAAAAAUCUUCUCCUCUGAAACUACUGGGUCAAAUUUAACCAAAAUUCUAAAUCAAUGAUAGGGUAUGUAGUUUAAAAAUGUGUGUGGUGACCAAGCCAACCAAUCAAGAUGGCCACCAUGGCUUAAAAUAGAACAUAGGGAUAAAAUGUAGAUUUUGGCUUUAUAAAACCAAAGCAUUUCGAGCAAAUCUGACCGAGGUUAAUUUCUUAAUCAGAUCAAUAUCUAUCUGCCCUGAAAUUGUGUCCUUUGUUCAAUAUGCACGUAGACCAAGUUGAGAGACACAGGCUCGUCAGAGCCUCUAGUUCAAAUUUUGCAUAAGAGGUGGCUAUAAAACCGUUACAGUAUGAUAGACUAUGUGAAUCUUUUUGCAAUAGUUCAUGUGGAUAUAGUUUUGUAUACUUAUGUAUAAAUUCAAAUAAAAUAAAUUUUACCUGUCAGUCUUCAUUGAAGAAUAAUAUUAAAGGUAUGAUUACAGUGUUGAAUUGGUAAUCGUUUAGAAUAAGUUAAUUUAAAGGAGUGAUAAAUCCUGAUAUUUUUACCCGGAUCGUAUUAUGGAUUAUGAAUCUCGACUAAUGUAAAUUACAAAUCUAUACUUUAUGUUAUAUUUGUUAUAGAUCAUACAAUUAUUGCCUGUAUUUACCUGUAAUAUUGGCACAAUGAAAUGUUUCAGUAUUGGCGCAAAUGAAAUAUGAUUUGUGGCGCAAAUUUAAUAUGAUUUGUGGCGCAUGCAAAUGAAAGAUUUUUUAGCGCAAAAGCAAAGCACCAUGGUAUGCAUGAUUGCCCAUUAACGUCGGACGUCAAACGGUCAUUUUAGUGAUUCGUCACAGGUCUAAAAAAAUCCUGCGUUCUCGUCAAAAAGAAAAUGUACAUUUUAUCGUCAUACAUUACACAUAACGUAUCGUUAACAUCAUUUUACUGUUAUUUUGCAUGAAGGUACCCCAAUUACAGCCUCAAACAAUAUCACCGUUGACAUUAGGAUGAGCUUUUCGGAUUGAAAUAAUUUUUCCUACAGAUACAGCCAAACUUGCAAACAAAAUCUGUGUAUCUAUUUAAAAAAUUAGUAAAAGUUUUAAGUAGUUUGUUGUAACGAAGUCCUCAUGUAACAUAUUUUAUAUUAGCUUAUCGUUUACUAUUUUAAAUAAAGAAAUUAUGUAAAUGUA